CAGAGGACGUGGCAGGCAGAAUCCAAUCCUCAUCUUUAUAGAAAGAAAAAGAAAAGACCAAAGGUGAAGCUAAAUGAAACGCUCAUGGAGGAAUCACUUGUGACUUGUUCGUGGAAAAAGAAUUGACAGCACGUGUGGCCCGGACGAAUACUAUACUAUACUUGCCUUGCCGUUGAUGUGCGUGCCUUGCCGGCAGCUGGUUGGCCAUAUGUAGGAUAGGAGUCCUAUAUAUGCAUGCAUGCAGAAUGCUUGCAUUGGUCACCUCACCACCCUCAGCAUUUACUUGCUAGCUAAACUCGUAAGCAAAUCGAUCGACGCCGGUGCGGCCGCGCGCGGCCGGCGGCGGCGAGCUAGCACACAGUACAUAAUGGCUGAGCUCGCGUCGGGCGCCGUGACCUCGUUGCUUGGCGUCAUCCGCAGCGAGUGGCGGCUGCUGGGGCGCGUCGGCGGCGACGUCCACUUCAUCCGGGAGGAGAUGGAGAGCAUGAACAGCUUCCUGAUGCACCUGGCCAGGACGACGCCCCCAGGCGGCGAGCACGACGAGCAGGUGCAGACCUGGAUGAACCAGGUCCGCGUGCUCGCCAACGACUGCAACAACUGCAUCGACCUGUACCUGUACCGCGGGAACCCCGACAUCCACCUGGGCAGGGACCGGCUCCGGCGCUACCUCCGCUGGGUCCCGUGGUUCCUGCAGAAGACGGUGGCGCAGCACCGGGCAGCCCUGGAGCUCAGCGUGCUCAAGGAGCGGGCGCGCGACGUCGGCAAGCGCCGGCUGAGGUACGGCGUGGAGGUCCCAAAGAAGGCGGCCGUCGCUCCUGCAAGUCCUGGGGCGGCGGCGGGCGCACAGGGCGGCAAUGAAGCUGCUGCUGCUGCUCUCUUCCACGCCGACGACGUGGAAGACGGCGGCGGGCACGAUCAGGCGUGGGAAAGGGCGACUGCCGCUUCCAGCCGGAUCAGAAGAGCCCUCUUUGGAAUUUACGUCCGGGAGGACUACUUGAGCGACCUGCUCGCCGAGUGGAUACAGCAGGUCCGAGCACAGCCACAGUGGAGCGCACCUGACGACCAAGGCCGCCAUGACACCCGGUGCGGCGCCUUUCUGGUGCCCAAGGAGGAGUCUGUUGCUAUUGCACGGCAAGCUUCGGCUGUGGCGGAGAAGCAUGUCAAGAACACCAUCUUGCUCGACAUCCCAUCGUUGCACAGAUGGAGGGCGCUGGGGCCCAAGAAUGUCCUCUACUACAUCCUGAGGGAGAUCGAGCUCAAGCAGCAGAAGACUCAGGCUGAUGCCAAAUCACAGGGGUGGCGGCCCAUCCGCGAGGAAAAAAGGAGAAGGAUUGAAGAAAUCAAGAAUGAGAUUGAAAAACUGAAAGCGAUGGAUAAGAUUCAAGAGAUCAAGAACCUGAUUGAAAACGUGAAGGACAACAACCAGAAGCUGCAGCCGUACCUGAGCAAACCAAAGCGGAAGGAAGACCACAUCACGAAAGAGAAGAUCAGGAACAAAAACCAUGCAUUACCUGAGCUCCUCGUCCUGCUGCUCAUGUCAUCUGCUGCUGCGGACAAAACGGACGAGAAGAUCCAAUGGAAGGCAUUGGAAGAUCACUACGAUGUCAUACUCCAGAAUGCAGCCAAGAGUCUCAAAGAGCAUAUGGAUCAAGUAAACAAAGGAGCAGCCAAGGGGCAAGGGAUCAUUCACAACGUUGCCCAGUACGCUCGCAUCCUGCAAGAUGUGUUCCCAAGUGUGAGCAGCAGCAGCAACAACAACAGCACGAGGCAGCCCCAGGACGCCCAGGAGCAAGAAGCCACUGCCGAAGCUACAACAGGCAAGAUUCAGAUCAUCAUCGACAAGGUGAAACAAGACAUCCUGAGUGAGGUGUUCGAGGCGGUCGGUGGUGCCAAGGCCCAGGAAGCCACCAAGACUGAUACCACUACAAGAACAACAGCAGCAACAACCCUGGACGAGGCCCAAGUCAAAAAAAUGAUCCAGGAGGCUAUACAUCAGCUGAAGGAAGAGAAACCAGCUGACAAGAAACAAGAAACAGAUGUCUCGGGUGGUCAGGGUUCAACCGCAGCAGCUCCUAGACAAGAAAACCCCGACGAGAAGAAGGCCCAGCCGGACACUACUGGUAGUAGUUCAGCUCAGCAGGGUUCAAGUCAGGGAGCUAAAGCUAGUACUGUUGAUGAAGCCACGAAGAAGACCGGAGAACUCCUGGUUCCUAUUAUUAAACAAACCACAGAGAAGAUGGGAGAUCUCCAGAGGAAGAUCAAAAGGCAGCUGGAUAUCAACGGAAUUGUGGCCAAGAUUAGAAGUCAUCUGACUGGUCAAGAGACCAUGAUCAUCCUCAGAGUAGAUUACCAGCAUGUGGACGAGUGGGAGAAGACCAGGAGUGCCUUGAGCCUGCUGCCUCGUGUCGCUGUCAUGAUGAUCCUGACCAAAACAGACAGGAAUCUAGAAAGAGCCAGGACAGAAUACUGCCAUCCACAAGGGGAGCCCAUGGACUACACCUAUCUCGCAGCGUUCUACCACCACAUCGCGCUGGAGAUUACAGGCCUGCAUCAGAAGAGCACAUCCAGCGAUGACGACGCCGCGCAGCAGAUCCGGCUCCUGCGCGCCAUCUUCGAUAAGUGCGAGCCAUACUUCAUGUGCAUGAAGAUAUUUGCCCAAACUCUGUACGCCAGGCCCAGGAGAAGCAAACAAGAGCUGCAGAAGCUGUACAGCACCCUGGAGGGGCUCCAGCAGAGAUCGUACCGCAGCAUUGCUAUGAAGAUGCUCAAGUUCUCCUACAGGGACGUGAAGAAAGAGUACCAGUCCUCCUUGCUGUACCUAGCUAUCUUCCCCCCGGGGCACAGGAUCCGGCGGUCGACCUUGAUCGCGCGGUGGGUUGUGGAACGGAUGGUGACCACGGAAGACUGGCGCUGGUCCAGUGCCGUGAGCAUCGCUGAGCAAUGCUUCGACGCGCUCGUCAUCAGGGGGCUUGUCCAUCCCACUGAGAUCAGCGCGACAGGGAGGGUCAAGAGCUGCAUGGUGGGCGAUGUCACCUACGACUUCAUUACCAAGAUGGCCAAGAAGCGGCGCAUUCUGGAGCCACGCCUGUCGCACCACCUGGCCUGCCACUUCUCCGUUUUCAGCGACCUCCAUCUCAGUGUGUCUGACAAUAUCAGCAAUUUCCUGAACAGGCUGUCUGAAUCAUCUCAGUGGCCUCGGCUCAAGGUGCUUGAUCUGGAAGGCUGCAGGGGCUUCAGGGAAAACCGGCACUACCUACCGAAUAUCUGCAACAAGAUAGUGCUGCUCAAGUAUCUCAGCCUGAGGAGAACAGAUGUUGACAAGCUCCCCCAUGAGAUCAACAACCUUCGCGAGCUGGAGGUGCUGGAUAUCCAGCAGACGGAGGUGCCUGCGUCAUGCACAAUGGAUCUCCUGCUCCUGAAGCUGAAGCGUCUGCUUGCUGGAAACAGAAAUCCAAGUCCACGCACCCACGGCCAUGUCCUGGUUCCUGGGAAGAUCGACAAAAUGUCAGACAUGGAGGUGCUAUCCAAUGUCAGGGUGAAGAGUGACAAAGACUUGGAAGGCAUCGGAAGGCUAUGGCAGCUGAGAAAGCUCGGGGUGGUUAUCAAUGUCAAGGACAAGGACACACUGCUUAAGGCUGUCACUAACCUGCAUGAGUGCCUCCGGUCUCUAUCGAUUACUCUUGACGCCACCACCAGCCACAAGGGGACUUUCAGUACCAUCAGAGGUCGAAGAGAGCUGGAAGGCUCUUCCACGGGCCGCGAUGAGAAGAAGAUCAUGAAAGAGCAUCCCAAGGUUCUUGAGAGCCUCAGCAUCAGUGGAGACGUACACAUAACACCGAAGCGGAUUCUUCCGUCAGAGCUGACCGACAAGAGCACUCCACUGAUCAAGUUAACUCUGAGUAACACCUUGCUCACGCAGGACGACCUGGUGGCCCUCGCCAAUUUGCACAUGCUACGGUGCCUGAAGCUUCGGCACAACACAUAUCCCGGCAACAAACUCGCAUUCAAGCAGGUUCGGUUCCAGAAACUUGAGUACUUACUUGUUGAGGGCUCCAACUGGAUUGAGAUCAGCUUCGAAGAAGAUACAGCAGCUCCAGAGCUGGUGAAGGUUGUUCUGUGCUUUGAAAUCAUAGAAUCGAUCGCUGGAGUGGAUCGCCUUAAGAAACUAGAGGAGCUUGAGCUGAAUAAAUGUAACAAGGACAGCGACAAGACUGACCCUGCUACUGCUGCUGGUGUCACCAACGCCCCCGUCCCCUCCACCGCAACAGCCCCUUAUCCUGCACCCUCUGCCCCAACUGCCGCUUCCGCUGUCGCCACCGACCAUGUCCCCUCCUCCACCCCCACAAUCCGUAACCCUGCCCCUUCCCGCACUACCACCACUGCUAGCGCUGCCAAUCCUACCCAAACCACCACCUCCACCAACCAGGUGUUGCUUCCCGAAUUGCUUUCCAGUGCCAAACAAGUGUCCAAGGUGACUCUUCACGGUACAAUGCUGAAGCAAGGUGAUCUGCGGGCACUCGCAAGGAUGGAAAACAUACGCUGCUUGGUGCUCUCACAUGGAUCCUACGAUGGAAGCCAACUCGACGUCAACAAGGACGAGUUCCCAAGACUCAAUGUUCUUGUUGUGAGAUGCCCUACGGUCACCGGGAUCAAAUUCGAGGCUGGGUCUUCUCCUCAGCUCGAGAAGCUCGUGUGGGCCUUCGCCGAAAUGAAGACUUUCUCCAGCAUCGAGAACCUUACGAGGUUGAAGAAACUUGAGCUCAUCGGGCACUCCCUACCUGACAAGGUGAAAGAAGAUAUCGACAAACAUAGAGACGGAGAUAGGAUCCAUUAUACACACUACAAACCUCCCGGGGAGCCAGAAGUACUGAGCAGCAAGAAGCGCGGGAAAAGAGGAUAGCGUUACAGAUUGCCUACACACAUCAGGAAGGACAAGGGUUGGCGCGGGAGGGAGAACUCAAGGUUCAUCAUCGAGUCCCUCGCUCCCACGGUUUGUAUCCGUGUGUGUGCAUUUAUAUUCUGCUUGUGGCGUCGAUUGAGUGUGUGCCUGUGCAUUGGUGGGUAGCUUGUUCUACAUGCGUCUCCCUCUCUGCACAGUGGUAUUUGGACUUGUGUGUGGCUUUCCUCUGUAUUUGACUGCAUAACGGCUUGUCUCUCAUGUAACGCAACGAAUAAGUGCAAUGCUUGUUUGCACAUUUGAUUUGUUACUAUAUUGUAUACUGUAUGUACGUGGUACACCAAUAUACACUAUUGUUUGAA